AUGGAAGACGAUCGAGAGGCCGCAAGAUUACAUCGGGUCAAUCGGACUAUCAAAGAACUCGUCCGGGAUAGGGGAUAUGAAGUCUCAGACGCGGAAAUCAACGUGUCUUUAGAUGUAUUCAAAGCUGACCUAGCAAGCGACAAGAAAAAUAUCCACUUUGCGGCUGUCAAUCCCGAAACGACUCAGGGGAUUUAUGUUUACUACUCAGAUGAGAAAUCCGUUGGAAUUAAAACUAUGAGAAAGUUUAUUGGGAUCCUUGACGAAAAAAAGAUAGAAUCAGGAAUCCUGAUUUAUUCUCAGGCGAUGACACCAUCGGCAAACAAAGUGAUUGCAUCAAUGGCCCAACAAUUCACCUUGGAAGCCUUUCAAGAAUCCGAACUAUUGGUCAACAUUACUCGUCACAUCAUGGUUCCACGACAUGAAGUGAUGAAACCUGAAGAGAAAAAGGCAUUGUUGACAAGAUAUCGACUCAAAGACACUCAACUACCCAGAAUUCAACUCACUGAUCCCGUCGCCCGAUAUUAUGGUUUGAAAAGAGGACAAGUCGUCCGAAUCACCAGACCUUCCGAAACUGCUGGAAGAUAUGUGAGCUAUCGUUUAGCAAUGUAA